AUGAAACUAUUAUUUACUUUUGCCUUAUUAUUCUUGGUUGGAGUUUAUUCUCAACCAACUGCCAUCCAAUACAUUCAAGACUCUUACGAGACUGCUGGUGUUUUCAACUAUGGUGUCAUCAGAUUAAGUGAUGGAGCUACCCUUGACAAUGCUACAUUCACAUCGGAAUACUUUUCAAUUUGGGGAAUUUUAGCUGUCAAUGAUACCAAUAUUCUUACUCUUGGUAGUGCUCCAAGUUCUGGCAAUAUUGUAAGCUCAUUUUCAAUUGAGUCAAAGACAUUUACCACGGUAUACAGUCAGCCACCACAAGGAUUCGGGUUUGGAUUUGGACAACAACCAAUUUACUGGGAUCAAAACACUUUAACUGCUUAUGUAGCCGGUCUCGCUCUAUCAAAUAAUGAUGGAACUUUGGCUAUUAUUCCAUUAGGUUUCGGUCAAGAUAUUCCAAAUGAAGCAAUUUCUUUGGGUGUUGAUGGUUCAUUUACUACUUCACCAAUUGGUGCUUAUGAUGGUUCAAACUAUUACUAUGUUUAUUAUCAAACUGGUAACACUAUUGGUCUCGUCAAAUACUCUUUCAGUCAAUACACCUACACAUCGGUCAUCCUCACAGGAGAUAAUACUCAAGUAUUCUAUGGAACUCAACAACUCAUCUACUACAACAAUCAACUCUACUUGGCCACCUUGGAUACCAAUACCGGAGUAAAUAUUGCCACUGUCGACUUUGAGACCACUCAAGUUGAUAUCAUCUACAAGGACACUAGCUCAAACAAGUUGUUCAAGGGAACCAUCCAACCAUUCAUCUAUGACUCUGCCUCUGGAUCACUCAUUAUCCUCAACCCUGCCCAAGACCAACUCUACGUCGAUAUCUUUAAUCUCGCAACUCAAAAGGUAAAGUCCUCGGUCAUCCCAAAUACCAUUCCACAAGAAACUUUCUACAUCGUUCCAUCAACUGCUACAGUUCCAUUUUCGACAGUCGCAUCAUUUCAAUAA